AUGGGGGCACUCUUACACUCCUUCUCUGUAGCUUUUAUCACUCCAAAAGCUUUAAAACUGGUCCAUGGAAAUGGGUCCUCCAGAAACCAAAUUUCAAGCUUGGAAUUCGCAAAUGGGUACUCCUCGUUUUCUUCUCGUAGGCCAGUUACCUCUCAGAAGCUCUCUGUUGGACGUAGAAAGUCGGUGAUUGUUGGUGCAAAGAAGAACAGUAACAAGGAGGAGAAGAAGAAGAACGACAAUCAUAGCUUCGUAUCAAAACCGGAUGAGGCCACUGGCCCUUUCCCUGAAGCUGUGCUGCUUAAAGAGAAGAAAGUUCAGGAAGAUGGUAAACUUCUCCCUGAGUUUGCUGACGCAGAAGAAGAGAAGGUAUAUGAAUAUUUGAAGCUUCAGCUACAAAGCGAUUUGAAUGAGGAACGAAUGCGCCACUAUGAGGUGGUUUAUCUGAUUAAUGAGAAGCAUGUGGAAGAGGUUGGGAGUGUCAAGGAGAAAAUUGAAGGUUUUCUAAGGGAGAAGAAAGCCAGGAUAUGGAGAGUGAGUGAUUGGGGAAUGCGAAGACUAGCAUACCAAAUAAAGAAAGCCAAGAAUGCUUACUACAUUUUGAUGAACUUUGAGAUAGAAGCCAAAUGGAUAAAUGACUUUAAGACCAUGUUGGACAAGGAUGAAAGAGUCAUUAGGCAUCUUGUGAUGAAGAGGGAUGAGGCAAUCACAGAGGACUGCCCUCCUCCUCCUGAGUUUCACACCGUCGGUGCAGGUACGGAUUCUGAUGAGGAAGAGGAGGAUAUGGAAUACGACGACGAAGAGUACGGAGAUGAAGAUGGGAUUAUUAUUGUUGACGCUGACAAUGCUGAUAUAGAAGAUAGGAAACAAGGAAUGGUAGAACAAGUAGCUUAG